ACUCAAAUUAAAAAAAAAAAAUUGUUCCACACUUUUAUUUGAGGGUGUUUCUUUAUUACUAAAUAAGAAAAUAUAAUAAAAUAUAGAAUUUGAAUAGUCUUUUUGCUUCUAUAUUUUCAUGAAAUUUUCAAAGAUUUGCCAUCUUGGAGAGAAAGUUGAAAAUCUGCACUUACACUUAUUCUACGAUCCUUAACAGACAAAUAUUAACAUUUUGAUGCAUCAGCCUAAUCAAUAAUUAAGUUUAAAUUAUGUUGGAUACAAUAACCAGGUGUAAUUAUUACCACUAUGUUAAGGGUCUUAAUUUAUAGUCACAAUAUACCUUUUAUGCAAUUUCAAAUGGUUAAAAAAAUAUAAUAAAUGUAUAAAAAAUACAACAAUGAUGAUUUAAUAUUUGUUUAUAAUUUAUCACUGUUGAUAUAGGUUGGUUCUCUUAUCAGUAUGAGAAAAUAACUUAUUUCAUUAUGAAAUGUAAUUUAUGUGAGUGGAAAUAAUUACACUUUUGUAAAUACAAUAAAUAAUAUUAAAUCUGACCACCUAUGCAUAAUAAUAGCUUGCAAGGAUUUAAUACAAGUAAAUUACAUUAAAAGGAAAAAUUAAAAGGUGUCCUAGGUUUGGUAGCUACUAACAAAUAUGCAAUCAACUUUUCUACUAUCAACAAUAUUACCUGUUUCCACCAUUCUUGAUAACUGGUAUUUAGGAAUACACUUAAUUUGGGUAAUGGCAGUAACAAUAAUUAUAUACUUUGUAAUAUUUGGACUACUGCCUGUUAUAUUUCAUUAUUCUUGCACUAUACAAAGAAAGAUACUAUUUUCAAAUUUUGUACAAUGGCCACUUAAUGUAGAUUUUUCAAAUCCAGAGUCAGUUGGAAUGAAAGGAACAAGAAAUUUUUAUUUAACAACAGAUCAGCAAGUAAAAAUAGGAUUGUGGCAGGUGCUACCUCAAUCUUUAUUAAAUAAUACCAAUAUUACAGCAGAUGAUGAUUAUGAAGAUAUUUUAAGGAAUGCUAAGCAACCAGUUUUUCUUUAUAUGCAUGGUAAUAGUGGUAAUAGAGCAAGUAGUCAUCGCCUCGAACUUUAUAAAUUAUUUCAGUCUUUAGAUUAUCAUGUUAUAGCCUUUGAUUAUAGAGGUUAUGGUGAUAGCGAAGAAGCAGAGCUCUCUGAAUCAGGUGUAGUUACUGAUAGCAAAUAUAUCCUUGAAUGGUUGCUACAGUUAGUGAAUCAUACAGCUCCUGUCUUUGUAUGGGGACAUUCUUUAGGCACUGGGGUCUCUACUCAUGUACUAGCAUUAUUAGCAAUAGAAAAUAUCCAGCCUGCAGGGUUAUUUUUAGAAUCUCCAUUUAAUAAUAUUGCAGAUGAAUUGAGUGAACACCCUCUGUCACAGGUGUUUAAACAUUUACCGUGGUUUCAUUGGGUAAUUGUUGAACCAUUUUAUAACAAUUAUCUUCGAUUUGAAUCAGACAAACAUAUAGAAAAAAUUCAAUGUCCUAUUAUGAUAUUACAUGCAGAAGAUGAUGGUAUUGUACCAUUUUCGUUAGGUGAAAAGUUAUUUAAAUCAGCUAUAAAUUAUCAUGGUAAUAGUACAAAUCGUAUUCAAUUUAUACGAAUAAAUGCAUCAUAUGGUUUCGGCCACAAAUACAUAUGUCGUUACAAGGAAUUACCUAAUAUAAUUAAAACAUUUAUAAGCGUAGCACAUGAGAAGUACUAGUUAAAUUGUUUAGUAAAAAGUGUACUUUUAUGAUCAUAUGAGGUACUUUCUGUGGUAGGUAUCAGUAUUUGAAUAAUUUUGAAGUAAAACGAUAGUACUCCAUUGUAUUAUUAUGUUUUGUUUAAAUUCGGUUAUUUUUAUUGUUUAAAUUUUAUAAGAUACAUAAUUUUUCAAACAAACAAUUAACUUAAUUUAAUUAGGUUUAUAAUACAUUUAUAUAGAAUACAUAUUGCAUAUAUAGCAAUAACAAAUAUUUUAGUUGAACAAUGAAAAAAGAAAGAAUUGUAUGUAUUAUACACAAGGACAUGUGGUAUAUUGUUAAAGUUAUACCUGUGAUAGUUAUUUCAAUGCCACCAUCAGUAUUUACAUAUUGUUUUAUAUGUAUCAACGAAUUUACAACAAAUUUACAAAUCGCGGAAUACUCAACCUCGUUAUUAUUUUUGGUAUUGCGAUAUGCAAAUUAUAAACGUAUAAGUUUUACGUAUAUACAUUUAUCUUCAAACAAUUUGAAUUAUUAUAUGUAUCAGUAUACUGUAUGUCUUUACACAAAUAAAAUGAUAAAAAAAAUAACGAAACAAAACUGACAUUUCUAUAUUAUAAUAUUACGAAAUUAUAUUCCUUUUCCUAUGGUAAGUCUGUAAGCAAGCAG